GAAUUGCGCAACCGGGUGUACCACUUCUCUUCAGUGUCUCACGAACAAACUCAUCCCAAGCAUGAUCCUUCCUUUCCCGGCACCCACGCUGGACUUACAAGAGUGUGCCGUCAGAUUCGAGCCGAAUUCCUGCCGCUCCAGCGUCGUGAAGCGGAAGUAACGUUCCGUUGGGACAGAAUCGAGAUGAUAUCGGUAUAC